AACGUUAUGUAAUUGGGUAGAUGUGAAAUGCCUUGUUGUGGUCAGUUUCCUAUUCCCACCACCUAUCACUUCAUCAUAGCCUUUGCAAUACAAUGCACACAGCAUCAAACUCUUCAUAUGCGUAACUCUGUAGACCUGCAUGUGUACUGAAACAUUCAAGUCAACUCUAUUCGUGGGUUUUUCAUUUCAAGUCACUAAUUAUUCCAGUUCAAACCGAAGGAAACGCUUUCUCAGAAACAGUGACGCUGAUUUUGAGGCAUCUCCACGCAGGACUCUCUCAUCUCCCCUCCUUUAGGCAGCGCAGUGAAGGAAAGAGCUGCUCUACACACAGCAGCAGCAUCAUCAGCAACAGCAGGCAUCAAACCCAGCGCUUGCCGGGGUGCUUUGCCCCCACUUAAGACAUGGCGUCUGAAGACCGCUCGAAGACAGACCGCUGAGGAAGAGAAGUGCGUGAUGGAGUCUCUGUUUGGAGGGGAGCUGGGAUUGCUGGGAGGAAGUGAGGGAUUGAAGGAAGAUGGCUGCUGGGCAGGAUCGCCCUUACCUGAGGAUAUGUACUCGGCCUCCCACUUUGCCCUAAUCAGCGCUUACCAGGACAUUAAGACCCGACUGGCCGGCCUGGAGAGGGAGAACACUGACAUCAAAAGGAAGCUGAAGCUUUACGAGAUAAAGUUUCCUACAAUCAAUGACUUUGGCGAGGACAGGAACUCCUACUGCUCCUUCGAGCCCAAAGACACGGCCCUACUCCAGUCUGAGAAUGACAACCUGCAGCAGAGAAUCAACAUCCUCACCCAUGAGCUUCAAAAAGGUAAGGAGCGGGAGGAGCAGCUGGAAGAUGUUAUUCAAGCCUAUGAAAAGAUCCACAUGGAGAAGACUAAUCUCCAGAGAGACCUGGACAAGAUGACAUCUUUGGUGGAGAAACACAUGGAGCGCAUCCACAGUCUGGAGGCUGCUCUGAGGCAGCGAGACAGCUCUCUACACAAAUUCAACACACAACUGCACAGCAAAGACAUGCAGUACCUGCAGCUACAUGCCAGUCCUGACACACACAGGCUAGACUGCCCAGCUUUGACCCUCCAGAGCUCCCGCAGUCUAGAUACUCUCUCUGACCUGAAACUGCAGCGUUUGGAGGCCGAGCUAGAAGGGGCACGUCAUGAAGCCCAGGGGGCAUGUCAGAGGGAGGAGGAGAUAAAGGCUGAAUGUGAAAGACUGCAAAAAGAUCUAAGAGAUCUUCAGAACAACCAGAGACAACAGGUCCGUACCCUGCAGGAUGUGAGCUCCACUUGUGCCCAGUGUGACAUGGAAUGGAUAAAGAAGGUGGGAGAUGAACAAGUGAAUCUGGCUCUGGCCUACACUGAGCUGACUGAGGAGCUUAGCAGGCUGCAGGCACUGAGCACCAAACAGACUGAGAUCCUGAGAAAAGCCUCACAGGAAGACACAAGCCCAGUUCAACGACAUUCUCCUGUGCCACACCAGAGGCACUCACCUGUUCCACAGCGGCACUCCCCCAUUCAGCAGCGCCAUUCCCCAAUCCAACAGCGUCAUUCCCCAAUUCAACAGCACCAUUCCCCUAUCCAGCAACGUCGCUCUCCGGUGCUGCAGCGUCUCUCCCCGGACAUGCACCGCCGCUCGCCACUGGCCGAACUUAAUGAUGGCCCAGCUUCCUACACCUGCAGACCCCCCACUCAACAUCUAAGAGCUAGUUUCCAAGGGCGCCGCAGUUACUCAGAGGUCGCAGACCCUUCAGCCUAUCAGCGUCCACCUCGAUUCACCCUUGACCCUGUCUCCACCUUGCCUAAGCCUCGUCCUUAUGUUGAGAGUUACCACAAACAGCAGCAACAACAGCAACAGCAGCAGCAGCAUGGCCACAUCCUGGCCCAAAGGCGAGGCUCCCAGCCUGGGAAUCAGACCAUAGGUGGAGAAGGAAGUAUGGCUGAAUCACCUAGACACACCAGAGAGCUCUCUUUCCAGCAUGUGGAAUUGUCACAUCUGCAUUAUGAGCCUCAGCCUGCUCCAGCAGCACUACAUACCUCUCCACAGCCACCACACUCUUCAGAGGAUGAGGAAGAGUGGACCUGCCCUCACCCCAUCAGUCCUCCGCGAACACUGGGGACCUCUGGCCCCACCUCGAGCAUGAGAGGCCCUGCUUCCUGUUCAGCCUUCCCCAUCCCUGCUCGCCCCAACACCUUAAGCUGCCACCCACCUGGAUACCUGCAUGCAGAACAUGCCCAGUCCUGGCCUUCCAUUAAUCUGUGGAUAGAGACAGAGGAGGAGAGUGAUGUGAGGAGCUGCCCAUUGUGCCAACUAAUCUUUCCUGUCGGCUACCCUGAUGAUGCCCUGAUCAAGCACAUUGACUCGCACUUGGAAAACAGCAAGAUUUGAGACCACAACCACUACACUGCUCCUUAAACCCAUUUUAACACUCAUAAAGUGUCAAACAGCCUUAGCUGGCUGAAUUAAACUAAAGGCAGAAUGAGCCGGUCAACUUGGUCAAGUCCUCAUAUCCUGAGGAUUAGCAGAGAUUUACAGUAUGCGGUGUCUAUGGUUAUAAUUAGAAAUGGCACUAAGAGAUAAAGGAUUUACAAAAAUUUUUGACUCAAUGUUGACUCAAUUUAAUUCUUUUAACAAUUGUCUAUUUUGAUAUCAAGCUAAAUCUUAGAGUUAUUACACACCGACUCUCCUUAAAACAGACAGUAAUACAGUCAUAUACAGAUGCACCGUAAUAAACAUUGUGUUCAUUUGGCUCCAGGCAGACUUAUAAAAAAUAUGAGGCAUUAUUUCAAUACUGGCUGUUUUUUCUGUGCAGGAUCUAUUCUGUUAUUUUAAACUAUAGCUUCCAUGAUCUUUCACUGUAUAUUUCAGUUCCAUAAGCCACACAGCUUCAUAAUGAGUGAUUGAAGACUGUGUAAAUAUAAUAUAGAGAAAUUGGUGUCCUGCAGGGCAGAACAUCACGGUCAUUUUAAAAGUGUCAAUAUAAUACACUGGCCAAUGACUACAUUUGUAUGUUGGUCUAAAUGUCAGCACUUUAUACAAACCCUUACUAUUUAAUAUAUCUUUACAAAUAUUACUGGCUUAGUGUCAGUAAUAUUUGUAAUAUCUUUACAAAUAUUACUGACACUAACCCAAAAAAUAAAAAUAUGGUAUAGAUACAAUUUAUUUUUAAUAUCACCAAAUGUUUCUCUUAAACACAUCUUAGAAUAUUAAAACCCUUUAACAAAACUGUACGUAGUUCAUAAUACAACACAUACGUCAACACGGUAUGUCAACUUGGAACUGCAUCUAUUGUUGUCUUCCUGUAUGCAAAAUUAAAGUAAUUUCCAAGAUCCAUGAUACAAAUAACUGCAUAAACAAAGAUCAGAUGCUAAUAACUAACAAAUGACCAAUGGAUAUAACUCGUACUUUUCAUCCUUUGAGUAAAAGUUCUCUGAAUGUCAAAAAUGCCUUAACAUAACAAAACUAAAUAUAAUGAUGUUGCAGUUUUUGACACAGUGUUAAUAUAAAUUUCACAGUUAGUUCACUUAUUACACACACACAUAACCUUUUUCCUUAAGAGUCAGCACUCUCAAACUGACUCAUUUUCCAGUGAACUACACAGUCGAUAGUAUGGAUGUAUCUAAGUUGUACUUGACAAAAUAAGGAUUCUUUUUACGACCAAAUUGCAAAGCUGUUGUAUCAAAAUGCUUUAUGUACUAUAAAUGUACUUGAUCUGUAUUUAAAACUAUUUAAGUGUAUUAAAUUGUAAAAUUUACUCUGUAUAUAGAUAGGCAUUUUGCAGGCUCAGAGGAGAGAAAUUAGAUUGCUGAAAAGCAGAAGGAAAGUUUGCUAAGCACUACAUGCGUUGUUUUAAUUCUACCCUGGAGGCAAAAGAAACAAAUUCAGUAAGCUAUUUUAAUUAGCUACAUUUCUAGCUAUUCUCUAGUGUGUGUCCUCUAUUGUGAACUCUUUUUUUUUUCAAUUUCUAUUACCAUUGUGAAUAUCCAGGACACUAAAUAUACCAGUGACCCAAUUAUUGAGCUACUAAAGAGAGAAAGUAGAACAGCAUGAUCGCACCAGUAAAUCCUAAACAGAUACUGGCUUUCACAUGCAAGGGAAGACCACCAAGUCUAAACACACUGUCAAGAUUAUAAACAGGAAAUGGUGAAAGAUUUCAGUAUCCUGACAGCUAAAAAAAAACACUUUAUAAUCAUGCGAUGUAAAGGGGAUCAUUUAGUCUGGCUACAUAAGUGACCAAGAAAUGAGAUCAACAAUACACUAUAAUCAUCACAGAGACAGAUUGGGAAUAGCCAGGUUUAGAUUUUGACUAAAAGUAAUGACCAAGUACCAAUCAAGCAUAACAUGUUCAUAUUGGUUAAAGUGCAAAGCCUAAUGUUUUUAACUCGUGGUUCAGAAACGCAGACCGGUGCAUGCGCAGGGUGUCUGCUACACAACAGCACAUACAACUCACAUACUGUACAUCAAUCUAGCACCUUUAUCCAGAGUCCUACAGUGUAGAAACAAAGCAAAAUGUAAGCCAUUAUUCACAAGAGUUCACUCAGGAGUUAUUUAAAGAGCUAUUGCUGACGUUUCUCAUUCUUAGACAUGACUUCUCAGAAAAAAUAAUGCAAGCCCUCUCUGGAUCUUCUUCUCUUUUAGCCCUGUUGUUUGGUGUGUGACUACUUUGUGAUAUUCUUAAAUAACUCAGGGGAUAAGACUUUGUGAAUAUGGCUCCUGUAAUGGUGAACUCCAAAAUGUCAUUCACAGGAAUGGAGUGAUCACUUGCCAAAUCUGUGCAAGCAGAGAGUGCACUAAAAGAGUUAGGUUCUCAUAGACAUAUUUUUGUGAUAGCAAGAAAUGACAUUAAAAAGUCUAUAAAAUGAAAUAUUCAAAAUAAAUGCAUAAUGUGUCAUAUUUUAUUGUUUCUGUAAAUAAAAUGGUAAAUAAAAUGGAACAUGCACUCA